AGAAAAGAAAGAACGAAAGAAAAUGCCGAAGAGCGUUGAUAUAGAGAACAGCGAUGAAUCUAAGGGCAAAGCACCAUUGAUCGCCGAUGGAAAAGAGAAAAAGAGCGGAUUGAAGAAAGUCAUGGGCAUUUUCGACUUCAUUCUGAGACUCGCCGCCAUAAUUGCAGCUCUCGUCGCUGCUGCCACCAUGGGAACCAGUGACGAAACCGUCCCGUUCUUCACUCAGUUCUUCCAGGUCCAAGCUAGCUACGAUGAUCUUCCCACAUUCAGGUUCUUCGUCAUUGCAAUGGCAGUAUUAGCAGGCUACCUCGUCCUUUCCCUUCCGUUCUCCGUAGUCACCAUGGUCCGCCCUAAUAUAGUUGUUUUGAGAAUUCUCUUAUUCAUUUUGGAUAUAGUUGUAUUGUCUCUGGGCACGGCAUCCGCUGCGGCCGCGGCGGCCGUAGUUUACUUGGCUCACAGCGGCAACCCUAAUACAAAUUGGCAAGCCAUUUGCCAACGCUUUGGAGAUUUUUGCCAGAAAGUGAGCGGAGCUGUGGUGUCAUCUUUCGUCGCUGUUGUGUUCCUCAUGCUGAUGGUUUUGCUGUCUGGUUUUAUUUUCUUAAAGAACGCUAGAAAAUAGAAAGAAAUAUAU